GCUCUUUUGUAGGCCCAUUGGCUUUUGCCCAAAAAGCAUUCAAUGGAAGCCUACCAAUUCUCGUUUCAACUCCAUAUUCUUGGACAAAGUUUGCAAGCAUAAUUUUCUUGGACCAGCCUGUAAAUACUGGAUUCUCUUAUGCAACAACUUCAACAUCGUCCAAUUGUACGGAUCUACAAGCGUUGCAACUAUGUCUAUGAGUUUUUACUAAAGUGGUUCAAUGAUCAUGCAGAAUUCAUUUUGAAUCCUUUCUAUGUUUCUGGGGACUCAUAUGCAGGCAUUAUAAUUCCACUUAUUGUUCAACUAAUAUCAGAUGGAAAUGAAGCAGGCAACAAGCCAUUGAUCAACCUUAAGGGCUAUACACUAGGCAAUCCAAAAACAUUUCCUGAAGAUACAGAUUAUCAAAUUCCUUACAGUCAUCAUAUGGGUCUAAUUUCAGAUGAACUUUAUGAG